AUGAUUUAUUAUGAUUACAAAAAACAAUUAUCACAAGAGCAAUGUCUUGAAUCAUUACACAAAACCUUUGGUGACUCUUGUGUCUCUCGUGCCACAGUUUACAAUUGGUUUGCUAAAUUCAGUCGUGGCAGGGAUCACUUUGAAGAUGAACCUCGUGCUGGUCGACCAAGAACUGCAGUCACUCCAGAAAACAUCGAAGCUGUUCGUGAACUGGUAAACAUUGAUCCACAUAUCACAUGUCAACAGAUAGAAGACACUUUACAGAUUGGAUCGGCAUCAACUGAAAUUAUUCUUCAUGAUUAUCUUGGUUUAAAAAAAGUUACAUGUCUUUGA